AUGGCCGCCUCAACAUCAACGCAACUAUCAUCCCUCCGUCUCCUCGUGCUCGCGCCAGCUUCAGAGCCCACUGUUGUACCGCCGUUCCCGAAUCUGUUAGAGGCAAUUACCGGGUCGAGGCCGCCUGAUGAAGUCACCUCUUUCACCGGAUACACCUCACACCCGCCAUUGGCCCUGAGGACGAAAUACUACAGUUCCGAUGUGGGUAUUUGGUGCGAUGAGCUGCCGGCGGUGGCGGCAUCAAGAAGCCCGGGGAAUGAUCAGAAAGCGUCUUCCUCUACCGAUGUAGCCAGUACUGCAACACCGACCGUGGACAUUGCAGAGGUCCAAUUAACGAAGCGGCCAGAUGAAGUCGGAAGCCCUCGGGCCGACCAUGAACCCGACGCUCCUUCAACGCUCGAGGAGUGGAAACAGCAGAUGCUCUCUCCUGAAGCCUCAGAAGUCCGCGCUGUCAUCGGUGGGAUUGUGCUGGUCUUGCCCACCUCAUCCCAUUCAUCCUCGUCAAUCCCGACCAGUUACUAUUCAUUCAUCGAGGCCGUCCAUGCGCUUAGAGAGGCAAUCGAGGAAGAAACCUAUGGUCGCGAUGUUGCCUCGAUUGUUGUCCUACAAUCUACCUCGCCAACGAUCUUCCCAAGCAGGUUGGCCAGUGCCAUAGAGGAGAUCGAAGACGCUUGCUUGUCAGAUAGGGGGAUCUUGGGGUGGGACUUUGUCGCCUGGGACGGCGCAGUGCAAAGACUCGGAGAGCCGGAAGCAGAAUCAGAAAACCAAGCGGAUGCCAGAAAUGACUACGGCGAGGAAACAGGUAUCAAAAGAAUCAUCGAAGUGUUAGAGGGCAUUGAUUGGUCUGUGGCGCCCGAUUUUGGUGAUUUCGAGGACGGCGACGGAUUCGACUUCAACCUGCAGGGGGAUGACGACGAGCAGUCUUCAACGGAUUCUUUGGUCAACAGGGGUCUUUCGGAUCUUGAUCAUGAACUGCAACGCGAAAUGAUGGAGCUCAAGAUGUCUAUGUUCGAUACAGAGAUGGCAGAGAUGGCAGAAGAUAGUGAGCCGGCAACGCAGGAUGUGCCAGGGUGGGAUUCCAGUCACGCCGUUGAGCCACAGGGCGAGAUGACGGAGGUGGAUAUGUCAGAGCCUGACAAGGCGUCGCAGGAUACCAGGGAGGCCAAACCAGAGGCGAAAGGAGGGUCCUUUGACGACGAAGAGUUCCAGGUCGAAGAGCUGCAGGGACUGAUGGAGCGAGUCGUUGCCAUUCGGGAGGCUGGCUCUGAGAUGCCCAAAGCCGAAAGAGAGAGGUUCGCGAGGAGAGAAAUCGCAAGGAUCAUGCGAGAGAUAGGCUGA